CAUUGAUCCCAGAACACAAUUCCACUUCCCCUCCUGUUGCCGGAGAAUGCUUCCCAGCAAAAAAUAGAGCACCAGGGAUGUUGAGAAGAAAGGGGGAGUGGGGAGAGGAAGAGGAGGAGAUGGAGGAGGAGGAAGAGAGAGAAAAGGGAGGUCCGUGGGGGAAACACUCUCGUGAUGCCCCUGUAUUUCUUCUUGUGCCCCCCGUGUGGACUAGCGGCUUGGUGUUUGGGACGACACAAAAGCUCAGAUGCCACCCUCAUCAUCAGCCAGCUCCUGUUAAUGCUCACAAGAAGAACUGCUCAUCUCUGCAUCCUCACCUAAAAUUUAUCCACUGACUUUGAGGAAGACCUGGGACAGACAAGGAGCUGCUCAGAAGCAACUUUAACCCCCAAGAAGAACAAAAAGUGACUUCACCUUUUCACCUCUGCUGCACCCUCUUUGCACCGUCCCCGCCUUCCCUCCUCGGUCUUUGGUUCUCAGGAGUGCGUUCGGACUCUGAGCAGUGAUGGGGGACUGGAGUCUCCUGGGGAAUUUCCUAGAGGAGGUCCAGGAACACUCCACCUCAGUUGGGAAGGUCUGGCUCACCAUCCUCUUCAUCUUUCGCAUCCUGGUGCUGGGCACAGCGGCUGAGUCGUCCUGGGGCGACGAGCAGAGCGACUUCCUGUGUGACACUCAGCAGCCCGGUUGCACUAACGUUUGUUAUGACAGCGCCUUCCCCAUCGCCCACAUCCGCUACUGGGUGCUGCAGAUCGUUUUUGUGUCCACGCCGUCUCUCAUCUACAUGGGCCACGCCAUGCACACGGUGCGCAGGGAGGAGAAGAGGAGGAGGAGAGAGCAGGAGGAGAGGGAGGAAAGGGGGGAAGGCGAGGGAGACCUGGAGGGGGAGAAGGAAUAUCUCCAGCAGAAGGAGACCGGAAAGGUGGUAGGAUCUGAUGGGACUGGGCGUGUUCGCUUAAAAGGGGCCCUCCUGCAGACUUACGUCCUGAGCAUCUUGAUCCGUACCGUGAUGGAGGUGACUUUCAUAGUGGUGCAGUAUCUCAUCUAUGGGGUGUUCCUCAAGGUGUUGUACCUCUGCAAGGCCUGGCCCUGUCCCAACCCCGUCAACUGCUACAUGUCUCGGCCCACAGAGAAGAAUGUCUUCAUCAUCUUCAUGCUGGUGGUGGCCGGCGUAUCUCUGCUGCUCUCUGUGUUGGAGCUCUACCACCUGGGAUGGAAGAGCAUGAGGCACUGUGUACGCAAAAAGGUGAUGCAAAGGAAGAACCACAGAGCCGUGACGGUGGCCGUGACUGCAGCUUUGGAGUGCAACACCCCGCCUCGACCCUCCACCUCCUGCACCCCGCCUCCUGAUUUCAACCAGUGCCUGACAACCCCGAGCCCCAUGAACCCCAUUUCCUCCAUGGCCUCGCAUCCAUUCAACACCAGAAUGGCGCUGCAGCAGAACUCGGUCAACCUGGCCACCGAGCGUCAUCACAGCUGUGACAACCUUGAGGACGAGGAGGACUUUCUGAGGAUGAGAUACGAGCAGCCGGCCUCGGAGCUGCCCAACAGCUGCUCCCCGCUGCCACUGCUGCAGUCCGGCUACAUGAAGGACAAACGGCGCCUCAGCAAAACCAGUGGCUCCAGUAGCCGGGCACGCCAAGAUGACCUGGCAGUGUAGACUCACUGAGAGAGGCUGACGGGGAGGAGACGAGGAAGGGCUGGACCUUCUGAACCAAAGAAUAAGGAUGGAAUGAGCAUUGUGUAAAGACACAGAUAUGAUACUGAGAUUUAUAUCAGAAUGAAAGGGUCAUAAACACUGGUGAACUAUGCAAACUGUGGCUCUGAGGCCGGACUUUUGGCUGUAGAAGCGAACACAUUCACGAGAGAAACUGAGGUCUGUGAUUGGACCACGUAAACUUGACAUGUAUGAGCUUUUACAGCAGAUUUUCUGUCCCAGAGCUUGAAAAACUGAAAAAAAACAACAACUGCAAAACAAGGAGAAUAAUGAAAACAGAGUAACGGCCAGGACUAUUGCACAUUUUAUGUUAAACCCAAAACGAGAAGAAAGUAAGGAGAUGCAUCGUGUGUUUGGUGUGAGAUGGCUUAAUGAAUCAUUUUAAUCCUCCUGUUGUCCUCGUUUACGGGCGCCAAAAAAUAUGGUUUCCUUGUCUUAAAAAAAUCCAAAAAUUCAGCAAAAAAAUCCCCCAAAUUUCUGAAAAUUUGCAAAACCUUCAGGAAGAACGUUCCAGUAAUUCCCUAAAUAAUUUUAUUUUAAAAAAUAUUUACAAAAACAAUUUUCCAAAAAUUAGUAAAAAUCUUCCAAAAAAAAUCUUAAAAAAAUCUCAAUUGAUUCCAUAUAUAUCAGUAAAACUUCUAAUAUAUUCUUUCAGAACAUUCACAUAAAAAUCAAACAAAAUCCAGUGAAAUUCGCUGGAUUUUGGUUGAUUUUUUGUGAAUGUUCUUAAGAAGCAUUUUUAACAUUUAUUUUUUCCACCAAAAAAAAUGUUCAAAGAUUUCCCAGAAAUGUUGAAAAUGGGGACAAUAGAAGUUUCAGGUGCAAUUUUUUUCCCCCCACAUUUUUAAACUGUUAAACGGGUCAAUCUUGACCCGCAGGACAACACGAGGGUUAAUAGAAAGCAAAAUGUCACACAUAUCUCAAUUAUUCAGUUCAUUACAGAUUAGCCCAUGAUGACUUUAGAUAGUACAGCCAGCACUGUUUGUCCAACUGCAAAAAUAAAUAAAUAAAAUUAACGAGGCAAAAAAUAAAAACAGGGACCUACAUACUGUAAACUGUGAAGUUGUCCAUUUUCAGUGAAUUAAGCCAAAGUGCCUUAACAAAUGUGAGAAACAUAAUAACAUGUUUUUUUCUGUUCUUUUGAAAAAGCCAAGAUAAAUAAAUGAUAAACGCCGUAGCUUUAAAUCAAGCCAUUUGCUGGUUUGCUUAUCUAAUUGCACUAUGCCUGCAGGUCAACAAAGAUUAAACUGUAACUCCAGAAUAAUAACAUUUUUAAAGCGUGUGAGCAAAACUGUGCCCAUUAGUCAUAUAUCUGACAGGAGCCGUUGCGUGCAGAUGUGAUGAGAGAAUGUAGCCUGUUUUAGGAAUAAUAAGAGAAAAAGAAACUUGGGUGCGGGUUAUGAGCAGAUUCAGCCACUAGGUGGCAACAAUGCACUUGCAUUUUUCAGUCUCUCUCCUGGAGCCAUUGUGUAAAUAGUGAAUUUGUUCCUAUGUAAUGUAUGUUUAAGUUGAUGUCUUUGAAUGUAUUUUAUUUUUCAUUUCCAGUGUCUAGUUCUUACCAUAUGCAGAAUAAUUGUACAGGUUGUUUAUAGCCACAGCUGUCAAGUUACAUCCUUACAAAUGGAGGUUUAAGGUUCAACUAUACAUAUGUAGUCAUAGCAAAUAUUCAUUUUAAAAACUGAUUUUUUUGCUCAGCCAGCUGUACUUUCACUGCCUUUUUUGGUUCCUUCACACAGACUGUUAUGCAAUAAAUGUCAUCCCUGACCCAUAGUCAAUAAAUGAAUCAUGACCUGUACAGUCUGCUCUGUUCUUCUGAAAGUAUGUGAGUAGUUCAGUGCUUUAAAUCGUUUGUGUGUGAUUAAUUCAGUGCUUUAAAUCAUUUGCCUUUCUUUGAUUUUUCUGCUCCAUCAACAUACAGACACCAGCGUACUUUACAUCUGAACCACAUGGCAGAAGCAGAAAUGCUUUUAAAAUGAAAGCGUAAAAGAAAAUCAAAAGAGAUGGCAGCAUACUGAUGAAGAACGCGUUUUUGAACCGUGCAGAAUCCCAUCACCACUUGCAUUUUUCAGUCUGUUGUCACCAGAGCGGACCUGUAGGAGACAGAUUGAGGAAGAUGAGCAAUAUUUACACAAACAAAGACUGUCUCGCCGUGGCUGCCAGGAAGCUGAGCGCUGGUAUCCAGCUUGAUCUGUCACGAGCUGAAAGGCUGAAACUGAAUUGGAAACUACAGAGGAUGCUUCUUUUCUAUUUUGCCUUGUUGUUUUUGUAGAAAUAAUUCAUCUCUGUGAAGUUCUUUAUAGAUUAUGUUACACAGGAGACGGUGCUUUGAGUUAAAGCAUUACAGUCAAGAGGAUAAGUGCAUAUUGCUG